AUGGCCUCUUCCAAGCGUCUUGCUGUUUUUGACUUUGACUGGUCUCUUAUCGAUGCAAAUUCUGAUGUCUGGAUCUUUGACGAUCUAAGUAAGGAUUUGAGCCUUAAAAUAACUGCACUACACAGGCAGCUUCAAUGGACGGAUUUGAUAGAUCUUUUACUGGGAGAGCUUUAUCAAAAAGGGAUCAAUAAAGAACAAAUACAAGAGUCUCUAGCAAAGAUACCCUUUAGUCCAUCAAUGAUUGAAACUCUUCGAGUAAUGAAAAAUGGCAAUGCCGAUAUUAUUAUCUUAUCCGAUGCAAAUUCAAUAUUCAUUGAAACCAUCUUGAAUGCUUACGGAGUGCACCAUCUAGUAUCAGCCAUCAUCACUAAUCCUGCCGCUUGGGACGAGAACGGAAGAUUACGAGUCCAGAGGCUUAUCAAAGCCACCGACGAACCACACAACUGUUUGAAUGAUUGUUCUGUUAACAUGUGCAAAGGACGAGAAUUAGAGAUUUAUUUAGCAUCGAGUCCCGUGAAAUAUGAUAAAGUUUUUUAUGUUGGCGAUUCAGUAAAUGACUUUUGUCCGGCUACAAAGAUGACCAGUAACGAUACAGUAUUGGUGAGGAAAGGCUUCAGACUGGAAAAGUACCUUAAUGACAAACUAUCGGCAACAACAAAGAUCAAGUCUAAGAUAGUAUAUUGGAAUGACGCAGAAAACAUCUUGCAGAUUAUAAAAAACGAGUUUGCAAACGAAGAGCUGCAGAUCAGCCGGAACAGAAACGUCAGAUAA